CAGAGAGAGAAUCUUGUUUACGGCAAAGGCAGCAACGCGAUGUGAGUGAGUGAGUAGUUUUUCUUUGAUUUUCCUCUCCUCUUAUUCUCUCUCUCUCUCUCUCUCUCAUCUUCGAGCUCCGAUGGCGAGCCUGUGGCGCGCGGCGACCGGCAUGACGGAGAAUCCGCCGGACUAUGACGGCGUGGAGUUCUGGUCGAACCCGGAGCGCACCGGAUGGCUGACGAAGCAGGGCGAGUACAUCAAGACGUGGCGGCGCCGCUGGUUCGUCCUGAAGCAGGGGAAGCUCUUCUGGUUCAAGGACGCCGCCAUCACGCGCGCCUCCCGCCCCCGCGGCGUCGUCCCCGUCGCCUCCUGCCUCACCGUCAAGGGCGCCGAAGACGUCCUCAACAAGCCGAACGCCUUCGAGCUCUCCACGCGCUCCGACACCAUGUACUUCAUCGCCGAUUCCGAGAAGGAGAAGGAGGACUGGAUCAACUCCAUUGGACGCUCCAUCGUCCAGCACUCCAGAUCCGUCACCGAUUCCGAGAUCGUCGAUUACGAUAACAAUAACAAUAACAACAACAAGCGCUGACCACGCGCUCUUCAUCCACGCGCCUCUUUCGGUCAAUUCUCCUUUCUCUUUUCCUUUUUUCUGUUUCUCUGUGAUUGUGUAUAUUAUUUCUAUUGCUAUAUCAAUCGCCGAUCGCGCUCGUUCUCGCGAGGAACUCUGUUUAUGUACCUGAACUGCUCUCAAACUGUAAUGUUUUAGGGUUUUGUGGACUCUGUUUUGGAGCGAACAUCGAACCUCUUUUCGAAUAUAUUGCUUUUCAAUUUCAACGAUAUUAGGCUAUAAUACAGAAAUGUACCUCAGACUCGGAGGUUUUCGA